AUGAAAUUUGGUAAAUACCUCGAAAGCCAGGUGGAGGCAAAUCGUUAUGUUGAUUAUAAAGGAAUUAGAAAAUCAUUAAAAAGGUUUAAAAGUGAAAUUGAAUCAUUAAAUAUACAUAUAAGUGAAUUAAAAGCAUAUAAUUUAAAUAAUGCAACCUCAAAAAUCAAUUCAAAACAACCAAGUCCAACAACAGCAACUGCAACAACAACAACAAUUGGUAUUAGUAGUAGUAAUGGUGGUAGUAAUUUAUUAAGAAAUAGUAUAUCAACAAGUAAAUUCAUGAACUUAUCACAAACACCACUUGGAUCAUCAACACCAAUGCCAAGUGACCAAAUUACAGCAAUCAAUACAAGUAAAUCAAUAUUAGAAUCUAUGGAACAACUUAAAGAGAUUCAAGAUAGGUUAGUUAAAUCUUUAACUGAUGAAGUAUCAAAAGUAAAUGAUUUCUAUAUGGAAAGAGAAAAAGAAGCACAAGAAAGAUUUGAUAAAUUAAAAAUUCAAGUACCAUUAUAUUUAAAAUCAAAAGAGAAACAAAGAAGAGAAAAUGAAAAAGAAUUAAAUGAUCAUGAUGAACUUUUAUCAUAUUCUGAAUCUUACCAUUAUUCAAAGAAAAAGAAUAAAUUAAAUAAUAAUAAUAAUAAUAAUAAUAAUAAUAAUAAUAAUAAUAAUAAUACAACUUCACCACCACCAUUAUCACAUGACCAACAACACUUACAACAACCAGAAAUUAAAAGAAUUAAUCAACAUCAUGCUGUAUUAAAUUUAACACCAAUUAAAAGUACACCAUUAUCACCAAAACAACAAGAUGGUUCAUCAAAGAAAGAAGUUAAAAUUAGUUUAUUAUCAUCACCAAUUUUAGAGGAAGAAGAAGAGGAAGAAGAGGAAGAAGAUGAUAAUAUUCAUGAUCAAGAUCCUGAAGUCAUUGAAAUGGCAACAGUUUAUCAUUAUGAUGAAGAUGAAUUGGAAGAGGUUUUAUCUGAUAAUUGUAAUGAUAAUGGUGCAAGUGAUGAAUUUAAUGGUAGUGUUAAUAAUAAUGGUGCUGGUAGUGGUGGUGGUGGUAAUAAUAAUAGUUCAAGUGAAUUAAAUUUAACAUUUGAUAUAAUUGGUAGUAAAAUUAGUAAAAGUUUAAAAGAAAUUAGUACACAUGUUGUUAAACCAACAACAACAUUUUUUCAACCACUUGGUGAUAGAGCAAAGAGAUUUAUGUCAAUGGGUAAACAAAAGAGUGAUGAAGCAUUGUUGAAAGAGGCAUUUAGAGAGUAUUAUCAUUUUUUAGUGAUUUUAAAGAAUUAUCAAGUUAUAAAUUAUACUGGUUUUGUAAAGAUUAUUAAAAAGUCUGAAAAGAAUACAGGUCUUUCAAUAGGGUCACAAGUGAUGUCAUUUAUUGAAUCUCAACAAUUUAGACAGUCUAAAAAGAUUGAACGUUUGACAUCAUCAAUUGAAAAGAUUCAUUCAGAGUUAUUUAAUAAUGGUAAGAUUAGAGAUGCAAGAAAACAAUUACGUAACUCUGAACAUGUUUCACAACAGUCACCAACUAUAUCAAACUUUUUCAGUGGUGUUUGUGCAGGUUGGACUAGCGCAUUGUUGAUGUUGAUUUACUACUUUAUCUACACCAAGGAGUUUGACGAUUUCGUCAGGUUCUCUUCGAUUUACAAUGUUUACAGUGCGUUUGGGUUGGUGCUGCUGUGGGCGUUCAUAUUCGGUAUAGAUUGCUGGGUUUGGACGAAAUCGCAUGUUCAUUACAGUUUUAUAUUUGAAUUGUCAAAAAAUAAAUUCAACCAUGUUAAAAUAUUUCAAGCGGUGACUCUAUUGUCAGUGAUGUGGAUUACGAGUAUUGGUGUAUACAUGUGGCAGUCGGUGAGUGGUGAUGACUUUCCAUUCCCAUUCGUGCCACCGGAAUAUAACCCAUUGGUAUUGUUUGGUGCGUAUAUGUUGAUAUUGGUUUGUCCAUUCAAUAUCUUUCAAUUGUCUGUUAGAAAAUGGUUUUUAAAUACAGUGUUUAGGGUAUUGACUGCACCAAUUAAGUCUGUUAAAUUCAAGGAUUUCUUUAUGGGUGACCAGUUGAGUAGUUUAGUAUUGAUGAUUGUCCAAUUCGCUCAGUUUGUUUGUUUUUACACUUAUGAUGUUUACAGACCUGAGCAUAGUGGAGGGUGUAUUCGAUAUGCACGUUAUUUCAAUCCAUUCAUAUCUGGUUUACCAGCAUAUUGCCGUCUAAUGCAAUGUUUCAGACGUUACUAUGACAGUUAUGACAGCACCACUGGUAAGGGUGACACUGUACAUCUCAGAAAUGCCGUUAAAUAUUCAUUAUCAAUUGUAGUGGUGGUUUGCUCAACUUUGGAUGGUUUCUUCUCUGGUGACAGUGGUUGGCAUUCACCAUAUAGAUUAAUUUGGGUAGUUGCAGGUGUAUCGAAUUCAAUGUAUUCCUAUUGGUGGGAUUUAAUAUGUGAUUGGAGUAUUGUAGUUAGACCAAAAGGUCAACAUUGGAACCCAUUCAAAUGGACUCUUAGAAAGAGAAGAAUGUAUCAACCUACCUUUGUUUACUAUUUUGCAAUCUUUUCAAAUCUUGGAUUUAGAACAACUUGGACCUUUACAAAAUCAUUACCACAAUUAACAAACAUUUUACCAUCUUAUAAAUUAGUUGUCGUAAUUGGUAUUAUUGAAAUCCUAAGAAGAGGUCAAUGGAAUAUUUUUAGAUUAGAAAAUGAACAUUUAAAUAAUUGUGGUAAAUUUAGAGUAACAAGAGAAAUACCAUUACCCUAUCAAAUUAGAGAUAAUGAAAAUUAA